CGCUCGCCCGCAUGCACUCGCACCACUCGCACUCGGGCGCCUUCUGCGCACACGCCGGCGCAUGCUCGCCGGCGUCGAUGCUGGCGCACGCCGCCGCGCUCGGCUUCCGCUCCUACCACCUCAGCGAGCAUGUGCCGCGCCGCCACGCCGCGCACCUCUACCCCGAGGAGCGCGCCGCCGGCCUCGGCCCCGCCGAGCUCGUGCAGCGCUUCGAGGCCUAUCUCGCCGCCGGCCGCGCCGCCGCCGCCACGCAGCCGCAGCUCGGCACGCUCGUCGGCGCCGAGACCGAGUUCAUCGACGCGCCCGGCGGCGCAGACGGCCGCGCCGACCUCGUCGCCGUGCUCGAGGGCCCGGGCAGCAGCAGCGGCAGCAGCAGUGCGCCGCCGCGACACGCAGCCGCCGUCGGCAAGGGCCGCGUCGACUUUCUCGUCGGCGGCGUGCACCACGCCCACGACCUGCCCAUCGACUUUGACGUGCCGUCGUUCGAGGUGGCCCUGCGCGCCUCGGCGGCAGCAGCGCGCCCAGAGGCCGAGCUGCCGCCAGACGAGCGGCGAGCGGCACACUGGGCCCUCGCGCGCACCUACCUCGACCAGCAGCUGGCGCUCAUGCGUGCAGUGCAGCCCGAGGUCAUCGCGCACUUUGACAUCUUCCGCCUCUGGAGCCCCGAGCUGCCGCUCGCGCCCAGCGGCAGCGACACGCCCGAAGAACAGCGCAUCCUCGGCGAGCUGCACGCACGGCUGCGGCGCAACGUCCGCUUCGCCGCCAGCUACGGCGCACUGUUUGAGGUGUCGGGCGCUGCGGUGCGCAAGGGCUGGCCGACGCCGUAUCCGGGGCCAGAGGUGCUGGAGCUCAUCCUCGAGAGCGGCGGGCGCCUCUGUCUCUCCGACGACGCCCACUCGCCAGCGCAAGUGGGUCACUCCUUCCUUGCCGUGCGUGCCUAUCUGCAGCAGCACGGCGCAGCCAUCCACGUGCUGCGGCGAGACCCUGCGCCCUUCAGCCGCAGCGAGGCCAAGGCGGCAGAGGAGGAGCGGCAGCGUGCCGCGCGCGAAGCCUCUCCACGGCCAGGCGACGGCGCUCCGACACGCUUCGAGCGCGGCGCCGAGGCGCACCUCGUAGAGGGUUGGGCAGAGGACAGCUUCUGGGAGCAGCUCGAGCCGCGGCGGGCGGCACUCGAGCGGCAAUGAGACCGAUGCCAAAAGCAGCUGAACGCGCAUGUCUAG